AUGGGCUCAGUUGCCACAUCGACGCGAAUCCGAAGUAUAAAUCCACGUUCAUGUUUUCUUGGUUGUAAACCACAAAACCUCGUUCUCGUCCUUUCUCAUCGCGGCUGUGGUGAUCUUAUACCAUACAUUGCAGACAUCAUCGAAAUUUGGAUUGUUGAUCCCUUCAAAAGAAGACACUCGAUGGCUGCUUUUACAGCACCUGAAAGUUGCCGAGUACCGAGAUCGAGCAUGAAUCCUGCUUUUGCCUGUGACACCUCCUUGGGGUCUAUCUUUCCUUACGCGCUUCUUGCCAGCGCAUUGGCAUUCAUAAGUGAGGCGGUGCAGAUUAUCAGUUUUGUAGUCAUAUUUUCUUGUCAAUACAAAAUUGGUGGAAAUAACCCUUUGGAUGCUUCAGAAACCAAGCAUCAAACCUCUCGGGUUCAAUAA